GGGUAGAUAAGGAGCCGCGGCGAGCGAGUCGAGUCGAGUCGAGCUCGGAAGGGUAGAAGGACAUGCCGUACUACAACUGGAACGGCACCGAUCAGACCGCCGGCUGGCCGGAGGCAAGGAUUCAGCCAGCGGGUGCACCACGCCUGCUUGGCUGGAACGUUCCUCCUGAGGAGCUGGUGCACAUACCCGAGCACUGGCUGGUCUACCCUGAGCCGAAUCCCGCGUUGCAUUACCUACUGGCUUUGCUCUACAUUCUCUUCACCUUUGUUGCACUACUUGGUAAUGGACUCGUCAUCUGGAUCUUCUGCGCAGCAAAAUCGCUGCGAACGCCGUCCAACAUGUUCGUCGUCAACCUGGCGAUCUGCGACUUCAUGAUGAUGCUCAAGACGCCGAUCUUCAUCUACAACUCGUUCCACACGGGCUUCGCCCUCGGAAAUCUUGGAUGUCAGAUCUUCUCGUUCAUCGGCUCUCUGUCCGGUAUCGGCGCUUCCAUCACAAAUGCCGCGAUCGCUUACGAUCGUUACAGCACGAUCGCGCGACCUCUAGACGGCAAACUGUCGCGAGGACAGGUGAUGAUGCUGAUCGUGCUCAUUUGGAUGUACACGAUACCUUGGGCCCUGAUGCCGUCGAUGGGUGUCUGGGGCCGAUUCGUACCGGAGGGUUUCCUCACCUCCUGCACUUUCGACUACAUUACCGACUCCGACGAGAUCCGCUACUUCGUCGGUACCAUCUUCACCUUCUCUUACGCCAUACCGAUGACGCUCAUCAUAUACUUCUACAGCCAGAUCGUCGGGCACGUCGUCAAUCACGAGAAAGCUCUGCGCGAACAGGCCAAGAAGAUGAACGUCGAGAGUCUCAGGAGCGGUCAGAACAAGGACCAGGCAUCAGCGGAAGUUCGCAUUGCCAAGGUGGCGUUAACCAUCUGCUUCCUGUUCGUUGCCGCGUGGACACCCUACGGAGUGAUGUCCCUGAUCGGAGCCUUCGGCAACAAGAGUUUGUUGACGCCUGGAGUCACCAUGAUACCAGCCUGUUGCUGCAAGGCUGUUGCCUGUCUCGAUCCCUAUGUCUACGCCAUCAGUCAUCCAAGAUACAGAUUGGAACUGCAGAAGCGCAUGCCAUGGCUGGAGCUGCAAGAGAAGCCACCGGCGUCCGACGCUACCAGCACCACUACCGAAGCAGUACCUGCCUCGAGCUAAGCUGCUUUUUCUCGACUCCUCGCGAAUGCUCGGUUGCUUCAAAAAGGUUGACCGAGUUGUGCGUAAACCGAAAAAUCGACUCAUCAUUAAUAUAAGCAUUGAAUAAUUUUUUUUCUAUCAUGUUUUAUAGUACGACGAUUUCGGUAACGAUCAAAGAAAGCAAUGAUUAAAAGAAAAGCGAUUGCUCUUCGACCACGAAACCAAAAUAAGAACGAAAGAGAAGAAGCGAGUGUCCUCGCUGGACAGCGAUCUCCUGUUCUUUUGCUUUUUUUUACGCAUCAGACUUGUUAUAUUUUUCUACGGAUUAUUUCUUCUUCCAAAAGCGUACAUGCAAGCACUCCUCGUUGAUUAUUUUGAACCAAUAUAUUACUAUAACGUUAUGUCGCUUUAGAUCUAAGUCCAUACCACACUUAGUUUUACUAUAUUUCAAACUAAAUCAUAAAUAUGCAAAGAUUAUUGUCUCUCUGUGGACCUAUUGAUUUUUCAUAGUCGAUAAGGCGUCAGGUGCUUCAGUAAAGUAAGGGAAAUGUGUAUAUUUUAUUUAUCCACUAACCCAUCAUGCCAAUAAUACGGUGUCACACAUACACACAUGCAUACACACAUGCAUACACAUAUAUACCGAGAGAUUAGCAUAUCAUUGUUAUUUUUUAAUGCUUAAUUAUACACAUAUAUCGAAAUUGUUGAUCGUGGUCAUAAUAUAAUCAGCGCCUCAAGAUAAUAACAUCAGAACUUUGCGUUGAUAAAAAAAAAAAACAUGUAAUUCGCCAAUUUUUCAAUAAAGUGCACGGCGUUAUGUUCAAAUUUAUUCAUUAAA